AUGAACCCUCAAAUCCGUACCGAACCGGUCAUGCAACCAGAACCCCAACCCCCACAGCACAUCCAACCGGUGGACCAAAAAACCCCCGACGAAGACAUUGGCUACGCUAAAGACGGAACCAUGUGGGAACAAAACGCAGGCAAAAUCCCAAGCCAAAGCGACGAGGAUGGCGAAAUGAUCUUUAAGCCGUGGUAUCGUCGCUGGCUGCGGCACUGGAAGCAUGUCGCUUAUGCGGUCAUCUGGCUCUUGUUCACCGGAUGGUGGAUAGCCAGUCUCAUCCUGCACCGACAUGACAAGAACUGGGUUAUCCCGUUCCUGCUAUACCUCGCCAUCACGCUGCGGAUUAUCUUCUUCUACGUCCCCGUCUCCAUCAUCACACGACCAGUGUACUAUGUCUGGAAACGCACAGCUAUACCCUUCGUCCGCUUGAUUCCCGACAAAAUGCGAAUCCCAGCCGCAGCCCUCCUCACAAUCGCGGUAAUCCUGAUCGGUUCCUUCGCCUCUCCCGAAUCCGCAGAUAACACGCGCGACAACCGCGCCGUGAGUCUCUUCGGCCUGGUCGUGUGCAUCUUCAGUCUCUGGAUCACUUCGCGAGACCGCAGCCGGAUUAACUGGCACACAGUAAUUGUGGGUAUGCUGGUGCAGUUCAUCAUCGCACUGUUUGUUCUGCGCACCACGGCCGGUUACGACAUCUUCAACUUCAUCUCGAUGCUUGCGCGUGAACUCCUCGACUUCUCAACGCAAGGCACCGACUUCCUAACUACAGAAGGCUUCUCCGCAGAUCACAGCGGUUGGUUCAUCCCCGGCGUUAUCUCAGCCAUUAUCUUCUUCGUCUCUUUUGUCCAGCUGCUGUACUACUUCCAUAUAAUUCAGUGGUUUAUCGUCAAGUUCGCUGCGUUCUUCUUUUGGAGCAUGCAAGUAUCCGGCGCGGAGGCCGUUGUCGCAGCUGCAUCGCCUUUUAUUGGACAGGGCGAAUCCGCAAUGCUCAUCAAGCCAUUUGUCGCACAUCUCACCAUGGCUGAAAUCCAUCAAGUCAUGUGCUCCGGUUUUGCUACCAUAGCAGGCUCUCUGCUUGUCUCCUUCAUCGGCAUGGGCGUCAGCUCUCAAGCCCUCAUCUCGUCUUGUGUGAUGAGUAUCCCCGCCUCAUUGGCAGCGUCCAAACUACGCUGGCCCGAGACUGAAGGUGAAACCAUCACCGCCGGCCGUGUGGUUAUUCCUGAGGAGCCUGAGGAAGAGCGGCCCGCGAACGCAUUGCAUGCAUUUGCCAACGGCGCGUGGAUUGGUAUCAAGAUUGCGGGUCUCAUGAGCGCUACCCUGCUUUGUAUUAUUUCGCUCAUUGGUCUCGUAGAUGGCCUUUUGACCUGGUGGGGUCGGUAUAUUAAUAUCAAUGAGCCGACGUUGACGCUCGAGUUGAUCGUUGGGUACAUCUGUUACCCGAUUGCAUUUCUUUUGGGUGUUUCUCGCGAGGGUGAUGACAUUCUGAAAGUUGGGCAGUUGAUCGGGCUCAAGUUAAUCUCGAAUGAAUUCGUUGCCUACGAGCACCUUCAGAAAUACGACGAAUAUUCGCAUCUUUCUGCACGCUCUCGCGUCAUCGCUACUUAUGCCCUGUGUGGUUUUGCCAAUAUUGGCUCUCUAGGUAACCAGAUUGGUGUGCUUGCUCAGAUCGCACCGUCGCGUGCUGGUGAUGUUUCGCGUGUUGCGAUCAGCGCCAUGUUGACGGGAGCAAUUAGCACUUUCACCAGUGCCGCGAUUGCAGGACUAUUGAUCACCAAUGAGCAACAGUAUAUCUCAUCAUAG